ACAGCUUCCGUUCCCUGUUGAAGCAAACAUUUUAGCUCGGUAUCUUGGUGCCUCAAAGGAGUCCUGGAUAGAUUUAUAACAAUUUAAAGUAUCUGGAGAUAAUCUCAAGACAUAGCAUCCUAUAAUAGUCCCUAAAUUAUCCCCCCCCCCCCCCCGCGUAUCUGUCACGGUAAUACAAUACAGGUCUAGCAGUGCGCUAACGCUAAACCCACAGCGGCUAAAUCUGGUUUGUAAACAGACGCCAUCACGGCAAUCAGUUAUUGCAAGUGAGAAGUUUGGGGAAAACGGUUUGGCAAUGAAUUGUCGAUCAGAGCUGCUUGAAGUUACAGUGGAGGCGAGGCAGGUCGAAGAAGCAAUGCUGUCUUUGCUGCACACAAUUCUACUGCACCGCAGCACUGGAAAGUUUCACUAUAAAAAGGAAGGUACCUACUCUAUCGGUACAGUUGGCACCGUGGACAUCGACUGCGACUUCAUCGACUUCACUUUUGUCAGAGUUUCCUCGGAGGAGCUUGACAGGGUGAUCAGAAAAGCUGUGUCUGAAUUUAAGGACGCUUUGAGCAUCUCUGGAAGCGAUGGCAUCGGUCAAAUUUCCCUGGAGUUCUUCCAGAAGAAGAAGUCUCGCUGGCCUUUUUCUGACGAGUGUAUUCCCUGGGAGGUGUGGAGCAUCAAAGUCAACGUCGUCAACCUGGCGAACGAGCAGGAGAGGCAGAUCUGCAGAGAGAAAGUGGGAGAAAAACUCGGCGAGAAGGUGAUCAACGUUGUCGAGGUCAUCAAUCGCCACGAGUAUCUGCCAAAGAUGCCCACCCAAUCCGAAGUGGACAAUGUGUUUGACACCAGUUUGAGAGAAGUCCAGCCUUACCUCUACAAGAUCACAUACCAGAUCACUGACACUCUCGGUACGUCUGUGAGUACCACCAUGCGAAGGCUGAUCAAAGAUACCUUGGCACUGUGAAGCUAACCUGUCUCUCACUACACACAAAUCCAACAGGAGUUGCUCCGAUAGGAACUGUUUGGUAAAGGACAGGCACUUAGAAAAGUGGAGUGUGAAGGGACAACAUUCAUUCAGGGUAAAUCAUAACAAGUAGGCAUGCAGUAGAGUAAAAUGCUAGUUGGAUAGGCUUGCUGAAAGCAGUCAGGAGUGAAGGCCAUCCUUUCCAUUUGCAAAAAAAUCUUUUCAAGAAGAAACAUUGUCCCAUUCAAAACUGCGGUCAUGUACAAUCUUUUCACCGUUCCCUUAUGGCACAUUUGGCACACUCGUAGCUUUCCCUUCAGCCCCUCAUACUCUCGAAAGCAUGACAUUGAUUUCCAGAUUAUCUUCCUUUUAUUCACAAGAUAUGUAUUGCUUGUAAUCAUAAUAAGACAACAGUGCUGAUAUGUAAGCGCCACACAUCACGGUACAAGGCUAAGCAUAGACUAAGUACUUUUCUCUACACUUAUAUCAAUUGUUUUUGAUUAUGAAAUAAUUGUACCAUUAUUUAGGUAAUUCCUUAUCCUCUCGCCUGACACCUUCCGGAAAUGCAACCUUAACAGUAGUAGUACUUUGAACAUUCUAUUGCCGACUCUGCUGCCUUUAAAUAUGAAAUAUCAUUUGGUGUAAAUAAAAUGGUUUCUCUUCCCAUGAAAGCUUUUUUCCAAAUACUGUACC